ACAGGACAUGCCGGCGAUUGAAGUCUUACCGUAACUCCUUGCCCCAACAAGGCUCUUCUCAUCGAACUCACUGGCUUACAACACCCAGAGCCAAGGACUGCGAGGUUAAGCACUUAGCGCAUUACUACAUUCAUUGUGUGUAGCUCCUGUAAAGCGAUACGUUUUCCUGGUUUGGUUGCCCAAAUGGAGAGGAUAUUAACAGCGCAGGAGUUGAAGGAGUAUGAUGGCGCUGAUCCGACGAAACCGGUGUACAUCGCUGUAAAGGGCACGGUCUAUGACGUAUCAACUUCGCGGGAGUUCUAUGGAGUAGGUGGACCUUAUGAAGCAUUCGCUGGCCGUGAGUGCGCUCGGGCCCUAGCCAUCAUGAAGGUCGACCCUUCGGAGUGCAAUCAGAACCUCACGGACUGCUCAGAAAAGCAGCUAAAGACGCUGGACGACUGGAUUGCAAAGUUCAACACCAAGUACCCUGUUGUUGGCAAGUUGCGUGGGAAGGGCGCAGAGGUGGACAUGUCGCCGCAGGAGCUUCUGGGGCUGCGCGACACGCCCUUCCCGACAAGCGUUGUGGUGACCCUGGUUGUGGUGCUGCUGCUCACCUGCAUCGGGGCCUACGUGCUGUAUAUAGACAUGCAGGAGCCGCAGGACCCCAAUGUACACACUGAGCUGUGAGCCGGGCUGGCUGGGGAGUUGGCGAGAGAGAGAGGGCGAGAGUUGGCGUUGGUAGUAGAGUACUUAGUGAUUCUAGGUUGCGUGUGGCGUUGCUACUACGUUGUGUGGUACGAGAAAUAUGCGAGUGUUCUGAGCUGGAGAUUGCGUCCAAUGCGGGCUGGCGUUGUGUCUGAUAGCGCAGGUGUUAUUAUAUAGCGCAGGUAUUGCGGUAGUGGUUGUGUAGUGGUUGCCGUGGAGGACGAGGGAGACAUUGUAUACCAGGCGAGAGAAGUGACGUUUAGCGACGCUGGGCAGUUGGUCGCAUACUAUAGCAGGAGGUGUUGCUUUCCGUUGAUGCGAACGGUUGUAUCUAAAUGAAGCACAUGAU